AUGCCUGUCGCUCGUACUCGGCAACGAGUAGUCAAUAACGAAAACGAUGAAAACUCGGUGGCACAGACUACCCGUCUGACUCGAGCAAAGGCCGCCGGUCUGGCCAGCAACGAAGACACCACCUCCGCCGCGAAGAAGCCUCUGCAAACCAAGAAAUCCACAGGGGGAACACUGAACGGAGCCACGAGACGUCGUGCGCUGGGGGAUGUGACCAAUGCCGCGAAAGGUGUAGAAGUGGUUCUGGACGGGAAAAAGGCAACGGCAACCAAGGUGGGACUGCAGUCAAAGGUCGCUCAACCAGCCGCCGGAGGCGUCCAGAAACUCUCGCGAACAAACUCCUCAAGGGCCGCCCUCGGUGUCAAAGACAACAAUGUCAAACCCAAGGUUUCUUCGGCGGAAAUCAAGAAACCUGGAAGUGGCUCGGGUGUCCUCGGAACCACUGGCAAGAGACGAACGCAAGCUUCCACGUCGACCGCGCCUUCGUCGAAAGAUGUCACCCCUGACAUCGACGAACCUCCUCGCAAGAAAUCCUGCACAGAAGAAGCUGUCGAAGAAGCCCAGGCCCAGGCCGAGGAUAUUUCUGACAUUGUUGCUGAUCUGGAUGCGGAAGACUUGGACGACCCGUCUAUGUGCGCCGAAUACGUCCGCGAGAUCUUCGAAUAUUACUUCGCUCUCGAAAAUACCACGCAGCCUAACCCGAACUACAUGGAUCAUCAAGACGAUCUCGAAUGGAAGAUGAGAGGCAUCCUCGUCGACUGGUUGAUCGAGGUGCACACCCGCUUUAGGCUUCUGCCCGAAACGUUGUUCUUGGCCGUCAACAUUGUCGACCGCUUUCUCUCACAGAAGGUUGUCCCGCUCGACAAGCUCCAGCUCGUGGGGAUCACUGCCAUGUUCAUCGCCUCCAAAUAUGAGGAAGUCCUUUCGCCUCACGUUGGCAACUUCGUUCACGUCGCAGACGAUGGCUUCACAAUUGAGGAGGUUCUGAGUGCUGAGAGGUACACCCUGUCGACACUCAAGUACGAUCUUAGCUAUCCUAACCCCAUGAACUUCCUGAGACGAAUCUCGAAGGCCGAUAACUAUGACAUUCAGACUCGCACACUGGGGAAGUAUUUGAUGGAGAUCAGUCUGGUGGACCACCGAUUCUUGGAAUACAAGCAGAGCCAUAUCGCGGCUGCCGCCAUGUAUCUUGCUCGCAUGAUACUCGAGCGUGGUGGAUGGGACGCGACAUUGACCAAGUUCGCUGGCUACAACGAGGAGGAGAUCCUGCCGGUCUUCGAUCUGAUGAUCAGCUAUCUGGAAGCCCCUGUCGCACAUGAAGCGCUGUUCAAGAAGUAUGCGUCCAAGAAGUUCCUCAAGGCAUCAAUCUUGGCCAGGAAAUGGGCUAAGGACUAUGGUGCAAGUCGCAGAAACGGUGGCUUGACACUCAACGAUGCCAAGGUUGCACAAUAG